AUGUCUUUCGCUGACAAGAGGCUUGAAAACCUCCAGAUCUAUAAAGUUCUUCAGUGUGUUCUCCAGAAGGACAAGAAACAGAUUGAAAAGCUCACCAAGCUUGGAUACCCUGAACUCAUCAAUUUCACUGAGCCAGAAAAUGGAGACAGUGCCCUUCACUUGGCCUGUGUGGCCAAUGACGUUGACAUGUGCAACUUUCUUUUAGAGCUUGGAGCUCACCCUGAUGUCCAAGAUCGAAUGGGGCGCACUCCCGUGAUGAAAGCGGCAGAACUUGGCCAUGACUUGGCCUUGGACGUGCUAGUCCAGGCUGAGGCAGACAUGACAAUAGUUGAUGCAGAAGGAAAAGGAGUGCUGUUUUAUUGCAUUCUGCCCACCAAACGGCACUACCGCUGUGUUCAGAUGGUCCUCGAAUUUGGAGCGGAUGUUAACAACUGUACUAUUGAGGGGAAGCCAGUUUUCGUACAAGCCUGUGAGCAAGCCCACGAGAUCAAAGAGAUAUGUAUGACAUUUUUGGAAAGAGGAGCAGACCCCAAUGCAACAAACCCAGCAACAGGCCGCACUGCCUUGAUGGAAGCAGCAAGAGAAGGGGUUUUAGAUGUGGUCCGGGGUAUCCUGGAGAGAGGUGGGAAUGUUAAUGUUUUUGACAACGAGCGACACCAUGCUGCCCAUUUUGCUGCCAAAGGAGGGUUUUUUGAGAUCCUGAAGAUUAUUUCUGCUUACAAUGGAGACGUGGGCCUCAUAGCCAUGAAUGGAAAUACACCACUUCAUUAUGCUGCUGCUGGGGGUUUUGCAGAGUGCUGCAAGUUUAUUGGUCAAAGAGGCUGCGAUCCUACUUGGAGAAACUUAGAGAAGAAGGUACCAAGACAGGUUGCUAAAGAUGGUGGGUUCAAAGCAGCAGCAAAGGAAAUACGUAAAAUUGAACGGCGAUAUGCCAAAUUUUUUAAACCCAAACCUGGAGUAAAGGACCCCAAUCCACCCUGGGCUAUCAGGUUACAUGAUUGGUCUGGAGAACAUCAGGCGAUUCUUCGUGAAAUAUUUGAGGCAUCUGAUCGAGGUGAUGGGACUGUGAGCAAGGAGGAUUUUAUAUCCAUUAUUGAGGAAAGGUGUCCGUUUAUUGAGCCAGAGCAAAUACAGACAAUAGCGCAGGCUCAUGAGAAAACACGCGCAGGGGGAGUUAACACUGAAGAAUUUCUGAAGGGCAACCGGUACUUGCAGAAGGCCUUUCUUCUUGGAACUUAUGGUCCAAAGAAGAAGAAGCCCAAGAAAGCGAAAGGCAAAAAAGGAAAAUUUGCCAUGCCAAUGCCAAUCUGCGUCAUUCCAGAGAGUUCUCGCCCUCGUCGUAUGGACGGGGGUCCACCAGAAUACAUGAUUGAAACUUAUCAAAAUGUGACUGACUGCAAUCGGUUCAAUCGGGAUCACCCUCCAGAACAUCCAUUACAGGAUGAUUCCUGGUGGUAUGUUGAUGACCCACCGAAGACCUAUGCCAACAUCAACUACCUUGCCAAAGAGGGGGACCUUUCAUCGUUAAAAAAAGCAUUGGAGGCAGGGGUGCCGGUAGAUAUCAGAGACCAUUUCUAUAAAACUCCAUUGAUGGCUGCCUGUGCGAGUGGCAACAUGGAAACAGUACAGCUCCUUCUCGAAAAGGGGGCGAGUGUGAAUACCACAGACAAUUUCAUGUGGACUCCUCUCCAUCAUGCAUGCCAUGCAGGGCAGCAGGACAUCGCCGAACUCCUUGUGAAAUAUGGUGCGGCGAUAGAUGCUAUUUCAAUCAAUGACGGAACACCACUGAUGAGAGGUAUCGAAAGCAGCCGUUUGGACACUGUGCAGUAUUUAAUCAACAGUGGUGCUAAGGCGCAGAUGACAAACCGAAAAGGACAAAACACACUGGAAAUUGCCAAGGCCUAUGCGGACAACCGACUGAUCCACUUCAUUCAAGACACCCUGGACCACUUGCCACAAGCACCAGAAAGCAAAGGGGAUAAGCAGAAAGGAAAAAAGGGGGGCAAACCUAAAGCCCCUGCUCCUGCUCCUACUCCUCCUGCUCAGGCUCCAGCUCCUCCCAAGGCAAAGUCUUCAGAACAGUCAAAGGAGUCUGUGAAAGCUGAGAUGCUACAACCCCUUGACACUGUUGUUGAGAAAUCACUCUUUGAGGAAAAGAAGGAAUCCUUCAAGGAUAAUGUUGUUCAUUUGAAUUCCCUGAUAACCAGAGGAGCUACAAGGAAACUUAAUAUCACUUUCACACCACAGAGAACUUGGAGUCCUGAGGCAACAACAAAAGAUCUUCUCAAAAAGAGGGAGUUGCGUCGGCAGCGUUUUACUUAUGAGGUGGACUUUGAUGAUUUCAUGAUGCCAUUUAAGAAGAAUUUCAUGGAGAAAAUCCGUACGCUGCAACAGAGUGCUGCCUUGCAUUAA